CUUGCUUGUUCUGCCCGCUAUGAUUCAUUUGCUCCCAUUGGAAACGAGAGGCUCUGGUGUAUCUUGGGUUAUUUAUGCACAUCUUUGGGACAGUUAUCGUCCCUUUGCUGCUUUCACUCGGCUCGGAAGUAUGCCAGCUAUUUCCGGUUCCAGGUGCGUUCUAUUGUAUGCUAACCAGUUAGCAGCUUCAAUUACUAUGCAGCUAAUCGGCGAGUUGGCAGUUUGGAAUAAACAUCUAGCUAAUGUCGUAUGGACACCACUGUAAAAUAUGCCAGUCGAUUGAGUGGAUACAUCCGCAACGUUUAGAUAAAAGUUAAUUACAUAUGGUACGCAAAUAAACCUAUUUUGCCAAUAAAUUGUCGAUAGCUAGCUACGCUACGUGGAUGUUGUCGGAUCUUGGCUAGCUAACAAACAGUCAUUGGGGACAAGGAUCAAGAAGUGGAAGAGACUACACGCAGUUUGAUUUGAAGAUAUAAUAUUUCCUGUUUAUCCUUAGGCUGAAGAACUCCAGAGAAACACAUUGUCAGAGUUUAAGAUUUGCUUGCUACAUUCCUCCUCUAAACAAGAAGAAAGUAUUUACCCUGUGAAGUUAGUUGGACAUGUACUUCAGAAAGUACCAGAAAAUAUUGUAACCAAGUAUAGUUAUGUAUAGAUUAUAAGAGAGACAGUUUUACAUGUCUACGGUGUAAAGAUUAGGGAUUCCAUUUUAAGCUAAGUUAUUUGUAUUACUCCAAAAGUGUAUUUUGGUAUAGUUUAUUUGUUUGUAUAUGACACUCACUGUUAUAAGAGCAAAAUUGGCUAAAGCAAGGUGAAAGUCUAUUUGGGGAAGACAUGUAGCUAGUACCUCACAUUGGAAUUUUCCCUUGGGCGUUGGUGUUGCGCUUUGUAGGGACCGUAUUGUUGGUUUUGAUAUAACGUUGAACACACAUACAGGUCUUUCAUGUCCUGAGGUGCACACCCUCUUAAUUCCUUGUAUCUAACGACAAGGAGAGUUAAUUUGACUCAUUAAUCUAAUGUACUAUAUACUCUAACAAAACCUUUCAACAAAAUCUUAGAGCUGAUAGAAAUAAUAUAUAAAGUUUAACCCAUUAUUACAUUCUUGAUAAGUUCUUUAGUCUAAAAUCCAGACAGAGUUAAGGGCACUAAACUAAGGUAGCUGACAUGACAGCUGUAGUAGGAAGGGUUUGGGGGUGGGUGCGUCCAGCAAUCUCCUACCGGCCCUGGGGCAGCAAAGCAGCACCUGACAAAACCAUGAGGGAAGAGAGGCAGACGAGAGGCAGCUGGGGCUUGGGAGGGUUAACAACCUGGGUUUGGGGAGCCGGACAGAAAAGGCAAACAAGUGACCAAACAACCUUGAUUGAGGAGUACUGGGAAGCAAGUGAGGAGAAAAUCCAGUCCAUGGACAUUGGAGAUCUGGGCGUGGCCAAGCAGGAGGCUGAAGGGAAAGCAGAACAUGGUGGCUCCAGAUGGUGGAAUAAAAUUCUGCGGUCCUCAGACUUCCUCUGGCCAAAAACAGCUGAACCUGGUGGCCUCAGGCAGAGGAAAUGUGUUGGCGGAGGAUGGGACUCUGACAACGAUGGGGAGUAUUCUGACUAUGGAACCCCUCCACCAUCUCCCACACCUACCUCUUCCUCAGCCUUCCGGUUCUUUGCACGUGCCUGGAAUGGGGAGAUAGUUCCGGAACACUACGAGAUCUGCUUCAACCUCCUUCGCCACCUGUUUGACCUGUUUGUGGUGGGUUUCCUGUGGACUGUGUCCCCCCCUACCAAGUUGGUCCUGGAAGUGCUAGGGGUCCAAGGAGGACUGAAGUUGUGGCUCCAUGGAAUGGCCAUGUUUUCCGUCUCCACUGUUGGGAUGGCAGGACUGCUCUGGUUGGUCCAGGAGUAUCUUCCACAGUUUGCUCUGGUGUACGGCAUCGUGCAAGCACUGGUCAUCUCUGUCAGCGUCCGGCAGAGUGUGAUCUUAGGAGAGGGGGAUGAGGUGGAGGAAGAGAAAGUGGAAAAGGAGGUGGAGGAUGAGGAAGUGGGAGACGAUGGGGAAGUUACAGAGAUGUACCUGACUACAAAAUAAUACAUCAAAGGAAAGAUGAUCCUUGAAAGAAAGUUUGUUUUGGCAAUCAUCUGACAUGGAGGAAAGUUGGAGGGAAGACGGAUGUUUGGGG